AUGUCUUAUUCACUACUUUCUGAUUUGGAUGCUACUCGCAAAGACUGGCUGAUUAGAGUCGGAGUCUGCCGGCAGUGGGAGUUUAUUAAUUACAAGCGCAGCCCAGACAUGAUAAGCCUUGACAUGAUACUAAUUGAUGAAAAGGGAACUUUGAUGCACGCAAUAAUAUGGAAGAACCAAGUCAAUAAGUUUCGUGAUAAGUUGAGUGAAGGAUUUGCAGUCAUUAUUAGAAAUUUCAAAGUUUCAGCAUUAACCGGUGACUACAGACCAGAUGAUAUUGUCCAUAUCCCUCAGAAUGGUUUUCAGUUUAUUCAACCAGAAAUUAUUCGCUCAAGGAUCAACAACAACAUUCUCCUGUCAGAAAGUGUGGGUUCAAAAUGGAAGAAGCGCGACAUACACAUUCUUACUGAUCCAGAGGAUCUGACUAUCAAAGCAAGGAUAACUUUGUGGGAGGACCAUGGCGAAUCAUUUUACCCCUAUGUAUAUCCCAACGACUUUGGACCCUACAUUGUCAUUAUCACUGCUACAACGGUCAAAGAAUUCAGAGGCGAACUAACUUUUGCCACCACCGCUGCAAGUAAAAUUUUUGUCAAUCUUAAAAUGGACAACAUCACCGCCUUGCUUCAUAAAUUCUCAAAGAAGUCAGUUGAUGUUGUAACUAUUGCGAGUGGAAACUCAAGUAACGUUCCCAAUGCACAAGCUAUGUUUGAAAACAGGAUGACUGUUGCAGAAUUAUUAGAUUCUGAAUGGAGUCCCGACAUAGAGGAAUGUGUGGUUACACUCCGUGCACAGAUCACUGCAGUAGAGAAUUUCUUUGAUUGGUAUUACAUUUCAUGUAACUUCUGCAACAAGAAAGUUGAAUCUUCAAAUUGUGUCUACACAUGCCCGAAGUGCAACAAACAAUGUGACUUACCAUUGAUUAGGUUUAAAAUCCACAUUAACGUCAAGGACAAUGGUGGGAACACUACUUUGGUCCUGUUUAAUGGAGUCGCUGAAAAACUUCUUGAUACUUCUGCCCACAAGUUGGUUAAUCGUUUGUCCAAAAGCGAGACAAAUAUACCGCCCCAGAUUCAAAGUCUUUGCGGGAUGGAAUUGGUCUUCAAACUCAAAUUGAGCAGUUUCAAUUUGAAAGAAGGGCUGGAAAACUAUACAGUCACAGAAGUUUAUUUGCCUGAUGAAGAAUUAGAAUUGCAGCACCGCAUAAACAAAUACAAAAGGGUUAAGGUAUACAGGAAAGAGAAAUUGGAAGAUUCCACUGAACAAACAGACUUCAAUGCGGAAGGAUCAAACACAGACUACUCUAAAGAACUUUCUGAUGAAGAAGACACUUUUUUUUCCAAACAAAGAGUUUAUUCAAGAAAGUUGAAGAAGCGAAGGAACUUAUUUAUAGCUGACAGUGAAGAGAGUGAUGGUGACACCAUAAAAAGGACAAAGUAG